AUGGCCGAUCUUCAACGGUGGACGGUCGAGGAGCCCUGGCUCGACGUGCGCUGCCUCCUCGGUGAGGGCCCCUUCUACGAGAAGAAGACCAACACGGUGCGCUUCGUCGACAUCAAGAAGAAGCAGCUGCACCGCGUCUCGGUGGCCGAGGGCUCGUCGUCGCUGACGACGCUCCAGCUGGACGUCUGCCCGACGGUGACGGUCGACAUCGCGGGCGUGGACCCCAGCGACCGCAUCGCGCUCGGCAUCAAGUACGGGCUCGCGGUGCUCGACGUCCAGAAGGGCACGUACGAGCUCAUCCAGCCGUUCCACGAGCCGCGCAACGAGCGCGUGCGGAGCAACGACGGCGCGGCCGAUCCGCACGGGCGCUUCUGGCUGGGGAGCAUGACGGACUUUGGGCUCGGGCCGUUCCAGGCCGAAGGCGCGCUCUUCCGCAUGGACGCCCACUCCCGGGAGGAGGCUGUCACUGACCUCACCAUUCCCAACACGCCCGGCUUCUCAUCCGACGGGCGCACGCUGUACUUUACGCACUCGUCCGCGCGGCAGAUCUUCGCGUUCGACUACGACCUGGACGGCGGCGGCGGGCUCUCGAACCGGCGGCUGUUCUACCAGCACGACGGCACGGGCGAGCCCGACGGCUUCCGCAUCGACGUGGACGGCAACCUGUGGACGGCCGUGUACGGCGAGUCGCGGGUGCUCAAGAUCAGCCCCGCGGGCGUCGUCGUGGGCGAGGUGCGGCUGCCGACGCGCAACAUUACGUGCGUGCAGUUUGUGGGCACCGAGCUGGUGAUUACGUCGGCGGCCGACGAGGAGGGGGAGGGGGAGAGCAAGGAGUAUGGAGGGGCCGUGUUCCGGGUGGAUGUUGGGGCCAUGGGCCUGGAUCUGCACGAGUUUAGGCUGUAG